AUCUGAGUCUCCAAACAGUUCUAAUAUACAAAAGUGAAACUUGUCAGGGUUGAUCACUGUCCUAAAGAACAGCCAUCAGCUGGACCAGAAAUAUUUGCGUGCGGGGAAGGAAUUUAAAACAAAACAAAAAACAAUAGUCCAAACCUGAAAACAUAUAUUUUUGCACACAUCUUUUGCUGGAUCCCAGAAAGGAGCCAUGAAUGACGUUGCACAGAAGGCAGAGAUUCUGCUUUCUUCGUCUAAACCUGUCCCAAAGUCCUAUGUGCCCAAACUUCGAAAGGGUGAUGUAAAGGAUAAAUUUGAAGCCAUGCAGAAAGCAAGGGAAGAAAGAAAUCAAAGACGAUCUAGAGAUGAAAAGCAAAGAAGAAAAGAACAAUAUGUUAGAGAGAGAGAAUGGAACAGGCGAAAGCAGGAGAUGAAAGAACUACUUGCUUCAGAUGAUGAAGAAGAAGAAAUGUUUUCUAAAGUAGAUAAAGCUUAUGUUCCAAAACUGACAGGAACUGUCAAAGGAAAGUUUGCUGAAAUGGAAAAGCAGAGGCAAGAGGAAGAGAGGAAAAAAAUGGAAGAGGAACGGCAGCGAAGAAUUGAACAAGACAUGAUAGAGAAAAGGAAAAUUCAGAGAGAACUGGCAAAGAAAGCACAAGAGAUUGAUGAACAAUUAAACAAUUCGGGAACUGAAUCAGCAUCGGAGGAAGGUGAUGAUUCAUUGCUAGUGACAGUAGUUCCUGUCAAACCUAAUAAAACACCUGGGAAGAUGAAAAUAAGUUUUGAGGACCUAGAGAGAGAAAGAGGAGAACAAGAAAGGAGAAAGCUUGAAGAAGAAAAACGAUUGAGAUAUGAGCAGGAAAAACAAGCUCUCAGGGAAGUCAAAUAUUUUUCACCAGAUGUGGAUGAAGAUGAAAGCUUUGACAGUGAAAGAAAAGAAUCUCCCUCUCCUGGUAAAGUGAAAUUAACAUUUGAAGAAUUGGAAAGACAAAGACAAGAAAACCAGAGGAGGCAAGCAGAAGAGGAGGCAAGGCUACGUUUGGAAGAGGAAAAGCGAACCUUUGAAGAAGCAAGGCAGCAAAUGGUAAAUGAAGAUGAUGAUGAUAAAGAAAAUUCUGAAAACUCUGUCAAGGAGUUUCGUCCAGGGAAACUGAUAUUUACCUUUGAAGAAUUAGAAAGACAAAGGCAAGAGGAAGAAAAAAGAAAAUCAGAGGAGGAAGCCAGAAGGCGUAUAGAAGAGGAGAAAAGGGCAUUUGCCGAAGCAAGAAAAAGCAUGGGCCCAGAUGAUGAAGUUUCACUGAUGUCAAAAACUGUAUCUCAAGAAUCUCUUACACCUGGAAAACUGGAAAUUAACUUUGAAGAGUUACUGAGACAAAAAAUGGAAGAGGAAAAGAGACGCACAGAAGAAGAGCGCAGACAAAAACUGGAAAUGGAAAAGCAUGAAUUUGAACAGCUCAGACAAGAAAUGGGAGAGGAAGAGGAGGAGUGUGAAACCUUUGAGUUAAGCAGGGAAUAUGAGGAGCUAAUAAAAUUAAAAAGAAGUGGUUCAAUUCAAGCAAAGAAUUUGAAGAAAAAGUUUGAAAAAAUUGGGGAGUUGUCUGAAGAAGAAAUACAGAAAAAAAUUGAAGAAGAAAGAGCAAGGAGGAGAGCUAUGGAUCAGGAAAUAAAAGAAAGGGAAGCAGAAAAUUUUCAAGAGGAAGAUGAAGUGGAUGUGAAACCAGCCACAAAAUCUGAAGCCCCAUUUACACACAAGGUCAACAUGAAGGCUCGAUUUGAACAAAUGGCAAAGGCAAGGGAAGAGGAGGAACAGAGGAGAAUUGAAGAGCAAAAAUUGCUACGCAUGCAAUUUGAACAAAAGGAAAUUGAUGCAGCAUUGCAAAAGAAAAAAGAGGAGGAGGAAGAGGAGGUUGGGAGCAUUGUUAAUGGCUCUGUUUAUGAAGACGAAGAACAGCAAGCACGGUCUGGUGCACCAUGGUUCAAGAAGCCUCUUAAGAAUGUGUCUGUUGUGGAUAGUGAACCAGUAAGGUUUACUGUUAAAAUAACUGGAGAACCCAAACCAGAAGUUACAUGGUGGUUUGAAGGGGAAAUGUUGCAGGACUGUGAGGACUAUCAGUAUAUUGAGAGAGGAGAAACAUACUGCCUUUACUUACCAGAAACUUUCCCAGAAGAUGAAGGAGAAUAUAUGUGUAAAGCAGUAAACUGUAGAGGAACAUCAGCUAGCACCUGUAUUCUCACUAUUGAAACUGAUGACUAUUAAAUAUCCUACCUUUUCUGGAACCUUCCUUCUCUAAAUUUACUGCAUCCAUCUCUUUCCUGUGGUGGGGCCAACAACAAGUUGUCUAUCAUUCCUCAAAUAAGAUACCGAAUUGCCUGAUUUUUUCGAUUUGACUGAAAUUUGGCAACAGAAGUUUGGUUCAUUUAAUGUACGCGAGUUCAAUCUACACAUGUAAGCAGUACAAUGGUAACUGCUCAUUUAUGCCUCUGUAUUGCUCCACGUGAUGAUAUUCUAUCAGGCAAAUGAAACUGUUCGUGUGAAGCAGAUUGCUAUAUGGUUCCAGCAGUUCUUCACCACGUCAACAAAGUAUGCAUCGGUGUGGUGAAAAUUAACGGAAGUGUAUGAUAGGCUACUUUAAGUAGUUUGCUAUUGAGUGCAACCGUAAUUUCACUGUUUUUAGAUAUGAAAGUAUGCUAAAAUCAUUUGGAAAAGGAAAAAUUAAAUUGAGUUCUAACAGCCAAAGAACCAGUAAUUUAUUCUUUAUGAAAGCCAAUGCCCAUUUCUUUGGUCUUGGCAACUUUAUGAGGAAAAAGUAUGGUCUUGGUUAAACUAUUAAGUAGCCAUAAGGUAAUGUAGUUUAUUUAAGUUAUGCUUUGUUUAAUGCAACGUUUUCCUUUUAAUCUGCAUUAAUAAAAUUAAAUCAAGUUUAUAAUAGCUUGAAAGCAGAUUUAUGUAAUUACCAAGUGUACACACAAUUGUAAGUCAAAGUUCUUUGAAAUCAAACAUUUACACUUAUUUUAUAUUAGCUGGUAGACACUGUCCUGCAUCUUGCUUGGAAUGCUGAACCAAAUUUGUAUCAUUCAGGUUGAAAGUGAUAGCAUGAGAGUGGAUGGAUUUUCAACUUACAUCUCGUCUUGUAUAACUUAUCUACUGAAUCAUCUCACUACAGUAUUUACAAACAAAUUUAUAUAUAUAUGAUUCAUACACACACCUAGAACAAAUAGUUAUUACAGCUAUGCUUUUUGCUACAUGAGAAGCAACCAGCUAAACUCCAAUAGAUGCUUAAAUGUGCACUGGAAACUCAAAAUGAAUAGAUAUGGAAUACAUCUACAGAAUCUUCCAGCUGAUUUUGGCUUACACUACUUUUAUUGGUCAGAACAAUUCAAAUUUACAUUAUAUGCAGGAGAUAACUGGCUUUCUUUAACAUAACCGUGUAUCAAAUUCCUAUUCUGUAUUCUGAAUUGGAAGGUUAAUAAAUAUGUUCAGUUCUUAAAGUGGAAUACUUUUCUUCAUUUCACAAAGGCACUUCAUAGACAUUUGCAUUUUAUAUAUUUGAAACAGGAAAUAUUGGGGGGAAAUCAAUACAGAAGACAAAUUAUUACCCAUUAGUUUACAUUUAUUGAGAACUCAUACAAAAACAUUACAAUUAAUGUGUAUUCAUGAGUACAUACAAUGUCAAUAUUGCAAGCUCAACACAACAUACUGUAAAGCAUUUGAUUUACCUCACGUCCAAGCUGCAUCUCCCUAAGAUACUUCCCAUCACAGUAGCCUUUAAAAGACAGUCUUCUUUUUUUUACACGGGUAGUUUCUGUAGAGAACACUAUCUCAGGACGAAAAUGCAUCUUGCAUGCAUAUCAGAUAAAGGUUGCAUAAACAGAAGGGUUUUAUAACAACCAGUAUGAAAUGUGGAUCUAUGCACUCUGCAGAGCCCAAUUAUUUGGCUCUAUGAACCAUUAGCACACAAAGAAAACCUAAAUGCUCUAUGCUCUAACUUAUGAAAAGAAAGGUUUCCCAGCAGCUGACAUUUUCAAGAAAAAGGAUUAGUGAAUGAUACAGCCUACCUAGCUAUUACGAUCACUGAAGAGUAAUUUACACAACAAAUCUAGAUAAAGAUGGCUUUUUUGAACUACUAAAGCAUAUCCUACAUUGAACACAUGCUGAAGGAUGAUUUGUAAACAUUACGAUCACUUGAAAUUAAGAUGUUCUUUUCUUUUAAAGUAUUAAUUACUCUCACUUCUGCCUAGGAUUCUCUGAAAAUUUUACCAUUAUUCUUUCUACUAUAGCACAUGAACUGCUC